AUGGCUGAUAUACCAUUGGCAUCCUUGUCUUUGACCCACGUCCACUACAACCCUCACGACCCACUCUCUUUCCUUUCUGCUUGGCUUGCUCUGGUGCCACAAGCACUAUGCGUGUGCUACGUGACUCUCAUCUGGGCUUCGAGGGAAGUCGAAGUCGUCCUCAUGUUUGCCGGUCAGCUGGGCUGCGAGGCACUAAAUUUCGUGCUGAAGCGGAUUGUCAAAGAGGAGAGGCCAAAGCAAAUGCUGGGUAAAGGGUAUGGCAUGCCAUCUUCCCAUGCCCAGUUUAUGGCCUACUUUGCGGUUUAUGCAGGACUCUUCCUCAUUUACCGACACAGCCCGGCCUUGACACACUCGGGAGCGACGCUCCAUUUCUGGGUGCGAGUGCUUCUCGCUUUGGUGCUGUGCAUUGGCGCCGGUGCAGUGGCCGUUAGUCGUGUUUACCUCAACUACCAUACUCCCCGACAGAUCCUAGCAGGGUGUUGCGCGGGGGUGGUGUGUGCGUUUUCUUGGUUCUUCGUCACCAGGCUUCUGCGGAUCCAUGGGUGGAUUGACUGGACUUUGGACCUGGAGGCGGUUCGAUUCUUUCGAGUACGAGACUUGGUGGUAAGUGAAGACCUUGUUGAGGCCGGAUGGCAACGGUGGGAAGCAAAGCGGAAGUUGAAGCGGAAAGGUGCCAGGGAUCAGAUGUCAUCGAAAUCCGAAUAA